GAGCGAGCCGGAAGUGUCAGCAUGUUGGGACCAGGCUAAAUAUUCCUACUAAUCCUAAAAAUUGUAUCUAUGUAUUAAGACUAAAAAGAGAUCUGUUACAUCCUGUCGUGGCUAUAAUUUGGCUAUGGGAAGGCUGCGGAUACAUCUUAAUUAAUUAAAAAAAUCAUCUCUGUUAGAUGGCGUUGAUCGAAGCACGAGGUGUGCUUACCUUUAAUGUAGAGCUUGUUAAUUAAACCUUUCUAGUUAGAAAUAAAGCUGUUUUGUUGUCAAAGGAUUGCGUUAAUUGUGAAUAGCAUGAGAAAUUAACUCAACAAAGGGUUAUGGGCCCAGGAAGAAAAUUCCAACGUCGAUGCAACCGGAUUGAACGAUCGACCACGGUAAGCCUAAAUUUGCUAUCUUAGAAACCGAACCGUUAUAACGAAUAGAAUGGCCGAAAUAGGACAUGGACAGUUACCGAAGUUUACGGGUAGCAAUUUCACAAGCUGGAAGUACCGUAUAAUGGCCAUCCUAGAAAGUAGAGAUCUAGGAAAUCUGUUAAUAGACGACCCACCUACGGAUCCCGCCGAAGAGGCGAAAUGGAAAAAAACGGACUCCCAGGCUAGAGGCAUUUUAACAUGUGCGAUGGACGACACACAAGUGGCGCUUAUCUUAACGUGUAAAACGACAAAACAGAUUUGGACCCACUUGAGAGAAAGAUAUGAAGGGGACUUAAGGAAACAAGCGAUAGAGGCCAGAAAUAAUGUGGCGAGAUUAGUAAUGAAUCGUGACGAGACAUGGAGAGAUUAUCUAUUAAGAGGAGAAAAACUUCUAGAGAGUGCUAGGAUAAUGGGAGCCCAAAUAGAGGAUGACGAAUUCAUCACCGCGCUAUUGAGAGGUUUACCACAAAAGUACAACCUAAUAGCCAUGCAAUUCGACAACCUAAAAGACCCCAAGAUCUCCGACGUGAGAAAAACCUUCGAGAGAUAUGAAGAAAGAAAUGGGCUCGAACAGAGGGAAAACCUCACAGCCUACAGAGCGUAUCACCCACCGAAUUAUAAAACUCCAAAGGACAAUGCACAAAGAAAAUCUCGAACGAGGGAAACGCUAUGCUACAUCUGCCGUAAACCAAAUCACAAGGCAAUUGAAUGCUGGUUGAACCCGAUUAACAAAGCAAGGAAUAGAGACAAACGGGACAACAUCGAUCUCGACAACCGAAGAUCAAACUUCAAAACUUCUAAAAUAGCUUGGGAAAACUCAGCUAGAGUGAACGAUAACCGACAGAGAAAAGAGAAACCAACUAACGAGGGUAACAACAGACAGAGAGUAAUGACUUUAAGUACAAAUGGAGAGCCAGAUACAUGCUGGAUCAUAGAUAGUGGGGCGACCAGCCACAUGACUCCAAAUCGCCAAUGGUUAGAGAACAUGAGAGAAGAUACAAAAACA